AUGCCUGUGCCGAAAACAACUCUCAAGAAACCACUUUCUCGCCCUUUCGUAUCUACCAAACAACCACCUAUUCCCAAGGCCUCACCUCAGAUCUUCUCCUCUUUCAAGUACUCCGACAGCCUCAUUGUUGUGGCCAUUUCGUUUUGCACUGCCAUAGUCUGCGAGGCUAUCUCUUGGCUCAUCAUCCAUCACAUCAACUCCUACAAGUCGAUGUCCUCAAUUGACAAGGCUGCCAAGAAGCUGGAGACGAUGAAAACCGAAUCCUCCACCAAUAUCGCCAAGAAAUCUAAGACCAAAAAGAUGGGCCGCGUCGAGACAAGUCUCAAGGAAUCGAGCCGUGACCUCUCCCUCUUCAAGUUCAAGUCCGGCACCAUCGUCGCCCUUGUCCUCUUCGUCGUCUUCGGUCUUCUUAACUCACUCUUCUUAGGGUUUUCAUCACCACGCGGCGUCAGCUCGGGCCUCUUCCCCAUGCCAGAUCCCAAAACCAAUUGAUA